AUGAGCUCCUCCACUAGUAGGAUGGAACAGAACAGAACAGAAGAAGCGACCAAUUAUGACUUUCAGGGUUUUGACUCAGAGGAAGAAUUAAACCCGCUUCCUUCUGGAGUCGGCCAGGAUUCAGAGGACUUAGAUGAACAGGACCAAAUUGGCUCACCUGACUCCGUAAAUAAAUCAUCUCCAGAAGAGACCAAAAAGUCAGGCAUGAGAGGGCUCAUCAGCAGGAUGAAAGCUAUUUCUGUCCAAACAUUUGCUCAAGAGUCAAUCCUGAAUGUGAGGUCUAGAGUCAGGCGUAGGCUGGCCCACCGUCAAGGACAGGAAGCUGUCAGUUCAGAUACUUCAAUGCUUCUGGAGAGUGAGGAUAGUCUUUCAAAUGAGAUAAUUACAACCGAAGAUCAGCAUACAAACAGUGAGUCUGAAGAGGUUUGGCCUUCCACUGCCCUCUGUAAAAGUGACUGUGAGCGUCGUCUCUUGACUGAGAAGGUGGCGAGUCUUGAAACAAGACUGGAUGAAAAAGAGAGAGAAAAUGAAAAUUUGGUGGCAGAAAUUGACGAUUUGAAGGAAAGGAAUUGGCGUCAAGAAAAGCAUUAUCGAGAGAAAGUGCUUCACCUCACAACAGCCUUGGAACAAGCUCAGGACAGAGAAAGGACCCUGAACCAGCUGGAAACUCCUGCUGCUGAGGCUCAGAGUGAAAGCCUGUGGAAGCGCUCUCUCAGAGGUGCACUGAGCGUAUGCAAGUUCAUUGGUGUGUCCUCUGCAUGUGCACUUGUUGCAGUGGGUAUACUGUCCAUUGGAUUGGUUGCUCAUUGUGAUUGCCCAUGUGAUCCUUUCUCCCACCUGUUGGAAUCAUUGACUAUUCACAACACAGGACACCCCUCUUAA